GAAAACAAGCUCCGUUUUGUCAGAGCUCCYAUCCACACGAGUAUGCUGAAACUCAAAUAUUCAGAUUCAAUGGAAGCUGUGACUGUCUUUAAACUGAUAAUGCGUUUUAUGGAAGACGAAACAUUAUCUGGAGUUCGUGAACUCAUCCUUGGAAACUACAUCGUGCAGAAGGGGAUAUUCAACCCUGAACUGCAAGAUGAAAUUUUCGCUCAGCUAUGUAACCAAACCUGGGGGAACCAGGUCAACUCGUAUUGUGAAAAGGCGUGGCUGCUCAUUGCAAUGUGUUUGGCUUGUUACAAGCCUUCUGAUAAUUUGUUCAACGCAUUACUGAAGUAUUCAUCGGAUCAUGCGUACAAUGGAUUCAAGGCUUAUUGUCAACAAAAGCUGCUGUGUUGGAAGGCGAGAAAAAGGCCUAUCCCAAGAUCCCUUCCACCUUCAUACUUAGAAUGGCAAGCCGCCAAGAGGAAGUGCUCCGUUUCUUUGAGAUGCGAAAGUGUCGACGGCGACAAAAAAAUGGCCGAAGUCAAUUCGUGUAUGACGGGAGAAGAACUUGCAACAACGAUAUUGAAAGACAGGGGGGUGUCUGAGCCACUUGGCUGGUCCAUAGAUGUCUAUGACCCCGAUUGUCAUUAUUCUCUGUCCGGACAUGAUUACGUUAUGGACGUGAUUUACGAGCAAGAGUACCCGCCGCAUUUCCCCCCKGGAAGCUCGCCCUCGUUAGUGACGUUGAGGCCUGGAAACAAAUUGCCGGAAUUCAGGAAAAGAAGUUUAUCAGAACUUCAUCGAGCACACCACAAGAAAGCCAAAGUAGCAGAGAUUGCGCACAAGUUUUCAUUUUCUGAGGGAUCCAAGGCUCCAAGCUCACCAAGUGAUAGGUCAAGUGGACCAAAAGAAGACGGUUUGAGCGCAGCAACAUCAGCUCGUCUAUUAUCAACACAACAACCCACACCGGCACCUUAUGAAGAUAAAUUAGUCGCUCAGACUGCCAUGCGCACAAAGACCGAUACUACAACAGUUGUUGAUGGUCAAGCUACACCAGUUCCUCCCCCACCCCCACCCCCAGGUAUAGGACCAGUUCCACCACCUCCACCCCCACCGCCUCCUAUUGCUCCACCAACAGACAAUAAGAUAAGACGGCGUUUAACGUCAAAAGAAGGUAAUAAGAAGAAAAAGAAACCAGAGCCAAGUGGUCCACAGCUUUCAAUGGCUGAAGUGAUGGCUCAAGCUAAGAGAAUGAGUGAGGCUCGCCGUUCAAGAGCUAUCUCCAUAGAUAAUAAGGAAAAUAAUGGCACCGAAGUGGAUCCUGUUGAAAUGAGAAUAGGAAACCUAAAAAAGGUGCAAAGAAACUCCACACCAAAGAAAGAGGAACCAGAAAACGAGCUCAAACUAGCCAUGCAGGCCAAGGCGAACCGGGCAAGUCGUCUCUGGCAAGAAAAUGAAAACUUGGAGUCCAUUCUWUUCCGUAAAGAUGGGGAUGAGAAUCAYAACGAAAGUGUUACGGUUGACAAUAACAAUGAAACGCAAUCGUCUCUACCAAGUACAUCAAGUCAGAGCGAUGAGGACUUUGCAACAACUAUCAAUGUGAAUAAAAAUAACUCGUUAUCCAGUAAUUCAUCCAAUAAUAGUCUUGCAAACAAACAAGAUGUCAGCGCGUUUGUAGACAGUCUUUUCGAUCCGGUGUUAUCGAGUAAUUUUAACGAUCUGGCUGAUGAACGAUCGGUAUCUAAUGCAAUUAGAGGUGGUGGUGGUAUGAACCAACCUAAUGGAAGUGCUCAGACCWCAACUACUGUAGCAGGYGCAUCACCUACAACAGUUUCCAUGUCUUCACCUAUGAAUGGUGGGAUGUUUGUUCCUAUGGCUCGUACCCCUGUAUCCAGCAUGUAUAAUGGCUACCCUGGGUACACGGUGGGGGGAAAUGUAGGGUUCAAUGGGUACYCUGGUGGAACACKAAAUAUGGCCAGUCCGGCUAUAAUGGGAGUAAGUGGGUARCCCAGUCCCCCGCAGGACUUGGGAACCAUUGCAGCACAGCAGCAAAUGUUGAUAGAGCACCUCAUGACUCAACAGAAACUCAUCCAGGAACAGCAACGACAACUYUCUAAGAAGUCRACCGACCAUCUCGCCUUACUACAACAACAACACGAACAACAAAUGAAAGUACUACAAGAACAACUUGAGGCUGCUAAAGCUGGUACACCCAAUGGAAUCCCUAACGGGCUUCCAGGUGAAACACCCCAGGGGGCUUCCCAUGUUAGCAAUGGGCCAAUAGUUAAUGGUCAUGGUUCAGAACCUAUAAUGACAAGACGUACUASUGUACUYGARAGAGUAAAGUCAAUUGAGCCACCUCCACCACCACCAGAGUUCUCCGAUCAAGACAAUAACAACUCAACACAGAACAUUAUCAUACCACCCCCUCCUUUUACUGCACCGCCAGCUCCUCCUGCACCACCACCACCACCUGUAGAGGAACCUUCAAUACCUUACCCCCCUCCCCCUCUGUCGCCUCCACCACCUGUACCACAGGCAGACAAUCAGUCCAAGUCUAGUGGAGUGGCCAGUGCCGUGGCAGCUCUAGAGGCCAAGUCACCAGUUUCCAGGAAUUCAUCGACUGAAGUUAUUCAACAGACUGUUACAAACGAAGAGCAGGUAUUCAAACCUCCMCUCAAGACCAGGCACUCAUCCAAUCUGGCUGUCUUCGUCCAGGAAGAUAAAAAGACAGAAAGACUUAACUUGAAAAACAAUUCGUUUCUUUCUCCUGGAACUACACCCUGGAAAAUAAGUCUAAGAAAAGAGGUCUUUUCACCCAAUGAAAAGAUUGAUAACCGAGUGGAGCAGCGGCUUAUCUAUCUACAAAUUGUCCGUGAUUCCUAUUCUGAAGCAUGCUGUCGAAUGAGAGCUACUGAUCGCUCAAAGAUGAAGGCUUUGCUACAGAGAUACGGCAUUACUCCUGAACACCCACACUCCAGUACACCAGUAGAAGAAAUCAUCGUUCAAACAGCUAGAGAUCUACCCUUGUAUUUUAGCCGAUUCUACACUGUAAUGGGUCAGAACGAGCUGCCAGARAUAAAUUACAUCUUUGUUGGGGAAAAGGGYGUUUUCUUAGUGAAYAGAGAAAAAAUCGAAGAAGAUCUUUCCAUCGUGAACGAAAUUUUAUAUGAAGACAUUGAUAAAGUUCGUGUGGUUAAGAACAAGGUUGUUUUUUCCUUCAAGGAGAGUAAAAUAUCUGUUCCUACCAACAAGGCUGAGGAGGUUAAAUUGAUGAUCGAUCCUUAUCUUAUUCAAAUAGAGAAGGAAGCCAAYUACGUCCGUGCCAUGUACGAUUACGUGACACAAGAGGCAAACAUGCUGAACUUCAAAAAGGGUGACGUAAUUCAAAUCAUUGACAAGCCCGACCUCGAUGAGGGUUGGUACUUUGGGAUUUUCGCUGAUCGAAGUGGGUACUUCCCGUCAGAGUAUGUCACGCACAUCAAAGAGGAUCCAGAUGCAGCUCCCAAAUCAAAUCUAAUGAAAGCUGCUUCGGUAGGAAAUCUAUCUAUCGCACCGGAAAACAUAGAAUCUUCACCAGACUUGUCGCGUAAACGGGCUGGUAGUACGCGGUCAACCAAGUCAGACAAGUCAGAGUAUGGUCARGAGACGUACUCCAUGAUGGAGUUUGCUAUGCAUAACUUUAGACACGGACAGGAAGUGGUCCACCGUCAACCUGACGGCACAGUUCGUGGUACUUUACGAUUGAAAGGCAAGCAGUCUCACAGAGGGAGUCCAAAGAAAAUGGAGUGGACUUGGAAAGGAUUGGCAGAACUGGUCAAGUAUAGCAAGACAUCCAUACAAGCGUCAUUGCUACGACUAGAGCCUCAAAAUAACAAAAUUGCCAUCGAAUGCUUCCACGCAAUCAUGAAGUUCAUGGGAGACAUGCCAAUGGGACGAGGACAAAAAGACACGGAUCUAGUCUACUUCCUAAUUAAGACUUGCAGAGAGAACGCAGAACUUUGUGACGAAGUUUACUGCCAGCUCGUCAAACAAGUCACAAGCAACAAAAGUACACAGUCUGACAGCUGUAGUCGUGGCUGGCGUCUUAUGAUCAUAAUGACGUCAUACAUAAUGUGRGACAAGACUCUCAAGCCUUAUUUGGUGAAGUUUUUACAAAGCACMGCUUGUGAUCCAAAGCGAGAGUUUCAUGGUGCUGCCUCUAUCUGUGAACAAAAUCUGAUGAAAACRUURAAAUAUGGSGGACGACGAACYCAUCCAUCYCCWAUUGAACUCAAYCAACURGUGCAAGGAAGACAGACGAAGCGUCAAGUAUUCCUGUUGCCAGGGAAGAUAAACAAAAUGAUGAAAAUACAAACGUGUUCGACGGGAUAUGACGUCAUCAAGGAAAUGUGRAAUGAAAUGGACCUGUCUACCGAGGGCGAUUAUAGUGAAUAUGGACUCUUUAGCAGUGAUUCAAAACAAAAAAAUAUGGCACCAAUACAAACGACUGAUUACGUUAUGGAUGUCAUUGGUCAAAUGGAAAAAGGAAAUACCGAGUUCAAUCUGUGGUUUCGACGAGUUCUCUGGAUUCAAACGUCACGAUUCGAUAACGAACUAUACUGCACUGUCAUCUAUCACCAGAUCCUACCUGACUAUACAGCGGGAUAUUUAACGGGCGUUUUGCGUGAUCGCAGUGUAACAGAUGCAAUGUUACAUAACCAAGUGGCGGAGCUGGGGGCGUUACAAAUUCUAGCCAGUGACAAUGGUUCACAUACUCCCAUACAGAGUGAUGURGACAAAGUUAUUCCGAGAUUCAUUCGAGAUAAGCUACGUGCGCAACAAUGGCUGAUUCUUGUACAGGACCACUUUAGAAGCUCAAGUUUUACGCCUGCGCAGGCCAGGAAAAGGUUUCUAGAAAUCGUUUCGCAAUGGCAGUUCUUUGGCUCUACYUUUUUCUCUGUUAAGUAUUGCUCUCACCCAAAUGUCGCCGGGGAAUGCAUCGCGGCCAUUAACAGAAACGGAAUCAACUUCAUCGACGUCACGUCAAAGAAACUSUUACAAAGUGAGACGUUUGCUCGGAUCAUUUCAACAAGAAUUCUGAUUUCCGACAAGAAGAGAUUCUUCCUUGACUUAAAGAUCGGCGAUUCCAUGGUACAAAAAGUCACAAGAAUGGAAACACAAGAGGCGAAGGAGAUUGCUGGCUUGAUUUACAAUUACGUGAAUGUMGCGUCUGCAGUGAUGAAUCGACCGCACGAAGGCUUGGCAGGAGUAAUAAGACAGCAAGAUCUCAAACUAUAGUUAAMACGAAAUUCAUCCCAAAAACCGAUGUCACUACACAAAUCUUAAUCAGAUCAUAACAGACAAGGGUUACCCACAAUGCAAAUGGGAUAAGUCACAGACACGUGAUAUUACCCAUAAUUCAUUUCGAAAAUAUUAAAAACGUUUGAUGUUGACCAUAAUUACAUUUGAAAAAUUAACAUAGUCAAAAAUCAUCGAAACAAAGCACAACAUUUUCUUUAUAAUGAAAUAUUGAAAUGGUCCUUUAGAGGGCAUACAAAUGCAAUUACAAGUGGCUCUCCUAGAGCGGCCRAAAUUUAUUGUAUCGAAUCACUUAUAGAUAAUAUAUGUAAUUAGACAUGACCUGUGUCUUGCCUUACGCAACAAGCGUCGAUCACCACAUCGAAUCUUCCUUUACAGACGUUUGAUGUCACGCCUGGAUAAGAUUGUGUGACGAUUCCGUCACGCAAUGAAACGAUAUCGUGAAGGCCAUACACGUCUGCAAAGGAGGAAUCGUGUCAUGAAAUUUUUCGCAAUAAUGUUUGGAAUUAUAGAUAAAUCUAGUUACAACCAUGUAAGAAUGUUUGAAUGUAAGUUGAAUUGCAAGGUAGAGCUUUAAGUGCCAAAGACACUUUUGGAAAUUAAUAUAAAUAUAUUCAUGUUAUAGAUCUAUGAAAGUGUUACAUCUGAGGUAACGUGACCACGGAUACAAUGUUUUCUAAACAUCGUGUGAGCGUUACAGCGCUACAAAACGACACUAUUGAAAAGUAGUACAAACAUUUAGAGCAAUAGAUAUAACAUUGUCAUGGGRAAUCAUCAUCAUAAUAAUCUCUUAUACGAUAUGCAAUAAAAUUUCUAGUAUAGUAUUUUCAAAWACCAGAAAAAAGAACAAUUUUGUACAAAAUGCAUUGAAAUGAUAUUUUGCUAUUCAGCCAUCUGCACAUAUAUAUAUAUAUAGAAACUCGUUAUAUUAUUGGAUUCUAGUCUUUCAUUUUCUUUGUGAAACUAUUAUUGAAACAGAAGUACUGUCUGUACGUCACAUGACGAUGGAGUAUUUCAGUUAUUUUGUUUGGAAUUGAUAGAAUUCUGCAUGGUUCGUCACUCCUGGAUAGCUGUUGUAUGUACCAUGAUUUGUUAUUAAAACAUAUGAACAACUUA